CCUCAGUAUUUGGAUGCUCGGGAUGUAUUACAUACCAGGAACCCUUCCCUAUAUCCCGCAGAAUCUAUUUUCUUCAUGAUGGGCAAUGAGUCGCUAGGUUAUGUCCCACUAGCGUCGCCUGACGAUGACCCAUACUCCACACGGAAGAUUCGUGAGACUCGUUCGAAAUUACGAGAAGAUCUACAUUGGGGUCAUCUUACUGCAAGCUAUCGCGCUGGCAUUUUCCUUGAUCACCAGCUUUCACGAAACCAACGAUUGCCAGCCUGCCUUCGUGGAUCGCCCAUUGUUAUAUUCGCCUGCUCAAGAGGCUCUGGAAAACGAAGUGAAAGUAUUUACUGUUGGGCGAGAAGAAAAGACGAUAUAUCAAGGUUUCGACGCCGAAGCAGAUAGAGCUUGGGGUGAUCUCUACAACCACACGCUUUUGAAAAUCCCCAAAAGCCAGGCCGCUCUUCUUCCAAAUAAGACUUAUCCUAUCUAUGGUGAAGAUGGAUACUAUCUAGCUGGUUUGGACGUUUUCCAUCAGCUUCAUUGCCUUCACGUCGUCCGUCAUGCUCUUUAUAGCGAUCACUUCGACGAUCCUCAAGCAAAUCCUGAACAUGUCUCCCACUGUAUCGAUGUGAUUCGCCAGUCUUUGAUGUGUAGUGCAGACAUUUCUGUGAAUGUCUGGCAAUGGAGCGAACAGCUUUCGGCUGUGGUAGGAUACAGCUCCCAGGCACAUUCGUGCCGCAAUUUCGACAAGCUUCGAGACUGGGCGCGAGAGCGCAGAAUUCACGAGUGGAUCGACAUUCGCCUUUUUGUAGAAGACGACUUACCGAACUCACCCAUCAUCAGUUAGAUCUUAUCAUGCUCGGUUCUACCAAUGAUAUAAUUCUAUACGAAUGCGAAACAGCAACAUUUCCUAAAGGGAUCGGAACCAGGCCGACUCGGAUGGCUGUGCUGGCAACGCGCACGGAUCUCCAAUUUUAUGUAGGCAAAUUCAAACCAAUUCUUAUACCGUUGAACGUUGAACACC